CGUUUUAAGGAAUCUAAAGGACGGAAGAACUAAUCAAGCUAGAGCAUUUUUAAAGCACUUUCGUCAACCAUUUAGUUUUUGUUUACAACUUGCAGUUAAAUUUUCAGACUGCUUUCCCACAGGCAGUUUGAAACUGACCGGGUUGUAUCGUAUUCUGUGGGUCAUCUUGUUGGUUGUAACCGGUAACAGUAGGUAGAUCACUUGCUUUAAAAUCAUGGAAGGGGUGAAGAAAAUUUACAACAACAUUACGAAAUCUCCGCGUGACGAUCGCAUGUACCGAGGUGUAGAACUCUGUAACAACAUGAAAGUUCUUGUGAUCAGUGAUCCAUCAACUGAUAAAUCUGCGGCAGCUUUGGAUGUUCACAUUGGUAAGAUUUCCAUGAAAAAGUACGACAAGCUUUACAAUUGGAGUUUAAUUUGAAAACUUGGCUACGACAAUUGCACGAAAGACACCGUAGUGGGGCCGUAGUAUAUAAAAAAUGUCAGGUGGGGACCCAUCAGAAACCGAAAAAACUGGAUUUAAUUUCCAUAAAAGCUGAAAACUGCCAUCAAUGACUAGACUGAAGUUAAACAGAAGAAUGUUUACCCUCUUACUAGAUUUCAAGGCUUAUCAGUAUGAAAUUCCAUCGAAAAGCAUUGUACAUGGCUUUUGAUCAAUAAUGUAUUAUACAAGAUAUGUGAUGAACAUGGAAAAAAGAUGCUUUGUAUAAUUAUGCUCCACUAAAAGUACUCAGAAAAAAGGUGAAACAGAAUCUUUGAUCUUUGAUUGCUGUCAUUAAUAAUUCAUUCUUGUCAGAAUUCAGACUUAAUUUUGUAGAUGACACCUCAUCAAUAACAAUUUAAACAAUAAUUAAAUAUAUUUCUAAGUAUAGCAUUCAUGCAUUUCUGUAUGUUCUGAUUCAAAUAUUCUUUUAGUUUAAAAUGUUUCAAACCAUUUUUUUGCUUUUAUUUUGAAAAAAAGUUGAAGGUUAGAUUUAGUAUUUUCCUGUAGUACUAGUUAGUUCUGUUGAAUUUUUUUGUUUUUUUUUAAUUUUUUUGUUUUAUUUUUGAUUACUGCACAUAUUCUUAAAUUUAAGGUAGUAUGAGUGAUCCAUCUGAACUGCCAGGGCUUGCUCAUUUCUGUGAACACAUGCUGUUUUUGGGCACAAAGAAAGUAAGAUAUGAGCCACCAGUCUAUAGUUUUAUCUGUGAUACCUUUUUAGGUGGAGAAAUAUAAACACACUCUUAAUGGAAGUAACUGAAACUUUAACCUUCUAACCUUCUUGAGUGACCAAGACUCAAUUUCUCCUUACAAUAUUAUAACAAUAUCAAGCAGACAAGUAAUGGGAAAAAGAUAAAUAUGAAUCAGGGGUUUAUCAGUUGAUCAAAUACCAAAUUCUCCUAACUGACAUGAUAAGAAUUGUAUGAAAGACAGUAAGGAGUACUAACAACAAGAUCUUGGCGGUGAGAGGGUUAAGGGUUGAUUUUUUAUGAUUUUUUGAGGUAGAAUUAGGAUGAUUUAUAAGCAAUUUAAUUCCUAAAUUACUACAUGUAGGAUUGCCAAGGUUAAAUAUUGCAAGAAUGCAGUUGUAUGAAAUACAGUGUUUUCACUUACAUUUAUUUUGGAGGGGAGUUGGUAUGUUACUGGUAAUCUUAAUACUAAACUGAGUGAGGUAAAAUUGCACAAAAAUUAAUGAAGACUUCUUUGGUGACAGUUUUUUUUUUUUGACUCUUUAGUAUCCAUCGGAGAAUUCAUUUACUCAGGUAUGAACAUUAAGAAGUGUCUGCUAGUAUGUCAAAAACACAUAUGUCUCUAUGACUGUGCAAAGUUCAUGACAAAUUUUAAGAGAUCUUAGCUUGGAUGAACUUUGUUUGUGCUUUUAUGAAUUUAUCUGGUUUUCUUUUUUCAGAAAGUCAAAAAGAACUUUAGCGAGUUACCUUGUAGUUUGAAGAAAUUCACUUCAGUUCUUUUCUAUUGGCCCAGAAAUUUGAUGUAUUAUAAAUGUUUCAAGACAUCCUUUCAAAAUGUGGUGCCCAGUAAUUGGAAAUAAUUAGGUUGGCAAAUUACACAUUCUUUGAAGUGACCAUCAACAGGAUGGAACUGAUUGGAUUUUGAAAACUCAAUUUUUGGUUGUCUGUUAUGGAUACUGGUAGUAAUUUUUUGAAUGUUGACUUGUACCUUACAGUUUUUAAGUGAGAAUGGUGGAUCCUCUAAUGCUUUCACUAGUGCAGAACACACAAAUUUUUUCUUUGACAUUAAACAUGAAUGUCUACAGGAAGCCUUGGAUCGGUAAGUCAAGAGUAGUUUUAAGUUUUUUAUAAAUUAUAGCAGUCAUAACCAAUUAUUUGAGACAUAAUAUUUUAAUUUUUUUUUAAAUACAAUUCUUUUUUCCUUUUCUUUUUUAAUUGAUUGAUCAGUAUGUGUUACCAUUUUUCAUUGCAAAAAAGUGUUCUUUUAUUUUUUAAUGUUGCUGCCUCAACUAAGAAUUAUGUCAUUCAUUCAUUAAUCAUGCUCAUGAUCAUGUGAGAACAUCUAAAAGCAUUAGCAAAUAAAAUGGAUUAAAGUUCCUCAACCAUAAUUCAAGAACAUGACUUUUUAGGUUAUCUCAAACGUUGCAUAUGUAUCCCAAAGAGGUUUGUAACAUGAUUGGUGGCAGUUCACCAUUUUAAGUGAUGCAUCUUCUACUCCCAUGCUACUCUGUUAUUAAGAAAUGUGGUAACUUCUGGUGAUGGGGUUUUAUCUGAUGUUAAAUUUGAAUUCUCUUUGAUGUAUGUUUGGAUUACAGGUUUGCACAGUUUUUUCUAUGCCCACUGUUUAAUUCAGAUGCAACAGAAAGAGAAGUCAAUGCUGUUGACUCAGGUGAAGAUGUUAUUCAAUAAUGGAAAUAUAUUGUUUAUAGAAUAAGAUAUUGAUAAUAUUUAUAAGCAGUAGUUUAGUAUAUCAUAGUAUAUCAAAUUAUAUUGACAUUAUAGUCUUGCAGUUUUAGUAGUAAUUUAGUAUAUCAUACAUUGAUGUGGUCCUGCUGAAAAGUCUGGAUCAUUUUCAGUAUCUGAGCAACUGUGCAAUCUACCCCUCCCCUCCCCUCCCCUAAUCCAACACUAAUCCUGACCAGUUGACUGUUGUUGUGUUAGGGGAGGGGUAGGUGUGCAGUUGAUCAGAUACUGAAAAUGAUCUAGACUUUUCACCUGGACCAUAUCAAUGUAUGAUAUACUAAAUUACUACAAAACUGUAAGACUAUAAUAUCAAUAAAAAAUUCUAGAAACCAUUAUGUCUGAUUAAUUGGAUGGUUUUAUUUUAUUUCUCCUUUUUUAGAACACUGUAAGAAUGUCUUGAGUGAUUCUUGGAGACUAAACCAGUUGGACAAGUCUUCAGUCAGUCCAUCCCAUCCUUACAGUAAAUUUGGAUCAGGUACAUGAUUUUGAGUUGAUGUAGAUUUUAUAUUAAAAUAUGUAUUAAAGGAUUGAGUCACAAUGCUACAUAUUUGAUUGAAAAAUAUUUUGUUUCGGUGGCUGCCUUAGUCAGAACACAUCUAUCUCUUUUCCACUGGUUCACGGGCGUGCUAGUAACUGAUACCUUUACACCUAACAUCAGUAUACAUAUUCUCCAUACUGUUCUCCAUACAUUUGCUAAGUUACAGACAAGGAUAAUUUUUUUAGUAGUCAAAUGCUUCAGUCUUCAGUUGGUGAUCAUUUCUUUAUUCUUGUUACCUUAAUGUGUGAUGCAGUGGUGAUAUUAUAAGGAGAAAUUAGAUGCUGGUCACUCCAACCUAUAGGUUAAAGAGAUGAGGGAGUACACCAAUCAUGUAUCACUUAUGGUUUCUAAAAAGCCAGGUAUCCAUCGGUGUGGACUGAGGGGUGCUUUAUGACAAGCCAAAACAGCUACUGGUGAUUGGGAGUGGACUAUGCACAUUCCUUAAUCCCAGAUCUUUUACAUUUUCAUAACUGGUAAAACUGAUUUGGAUCUUUGUUGCAACAGGUAACAAACUUACUCUUGACACUGAACCAAAAAAGAAUGGACUUAGUGUGCGUGAUGAGUUACUGAAAUUUCACAGUUCAUAUUACUCAGCUAAUAUCAUGGCAUUGACCAUUCUAGGCAGAGGUACUGUAUCACUAUAUAUGCGUUUAGGUAUAAUUACAGUUAAUAAUUGUGAAAUAUUGUGUAUGAUAUUUAACUUCCACUUUUGGAACAUGCAGUGACCCAUGCUUGUAUCUUCCAGAGGUCAACACCGAUUCAUGGUCCCAGCUACAUACAAAAACCUUGAGUUUGGAAUGUUUUAUUUUCCUAUACAGUAGGAAUCAGAUGUCUCUGAAUGCACAGAUUUUUUCAUGUUUUAAAGUGGCUAAAACUUAUUUGUUGUUUUAAAAGCCACAUGUACAUUUCACAUCUUUGAUGGAUUGAUGCCAUCAAAAAUUUUUAUUUGUUUCCUUAAAAAUGAUAUCAAACUUAUAUUAAAUUAUUGCUCCACAAGCUGUGCCAAUUCCUGUGACAUGACAUGUUUCCAUAGCACCAUCAUAUCCUUCUUUAAAAAGCCUCUUUGUUUCACCUCUAAUGUUGGUAACGAUAAUCUGAGGUUACUCUGGACCUACCCUGACUGAUUUGUUGAAAAACUCCUUUGGGAAUGGAAAAAAAAACUUGAUAAUCAUCUUAUUGCAAUUUGAAAAUUGGUGAUCUGUAAAUUAGUUUUUAAGCUAAAAUAAGGAAUGGUUCAAAAGAAUGUUUGGUUGUUAUAGUAAGGCCUCUCUUUGGGAAGGUGACCUUGCUUUAGUUUGUGAUUAGUAUUAAUAAUUUUGUAUGAUUACUGGCAUUGAAGCUGUAAAUAGAGAUGUGUGGUUUAUUAAUCCAUCUUUUUAAACAGUUAAUUUGAUGAAAGGAGAUUAUUUUGAGCACCUUAGAGCCUUAUUGCAUUUGGAAGAUUUUUUCUCUUUGUCAGAAAAAAGAUAAUUAAUGUCCCCAAAAUUUUAAUAUUGUGAAAGAGGUGAUGUAAGUUCAAAUGAGGCCCAUAAUUGUGUGUGAAAUUAGAGAAAAAAACCUGUGCUCUUGCCUUUCUAGUGCAUUGUUAGCAAGUGCUAGGAGUUUUUAGUUACUCCUUUUUAACAUUGGCUAACAAUUAAAAGCUAGGAUACAUAGAUGAAAGAGAUAUGACUUCAUUUCUUAGAUUCUCUUGACGACCUGACAAACCUGGUUAUAAAGCUCUUUUCAGACACAGAAGAUAAAAACGUAUCAAUUCCAGAGUUUCAUGAUCAUCCUUAUGAUGAUGAGCAAGUACAGGUAAGAGAUUUUUAAGUUUAGAUAACACAUUUUAACAAAUGCUGAAAGAUUCUGUAUCCCAGGGGGGCAGAGAAAUCUAGUGAGACUAGAAUCAGUUACCAUGUAACAAGGAAUAUUUGAUCUAAAUUAUAAUUGGUGUUGCAAUUAUUAGCUGAGUAUCUGAUGAUCCUACAAUGUCAGAUUGUUGGUUGAGUUAUUGAUUUGGGUCAUUCUUGUUUCUUUUCAUUUAUGUGAUUUGCCAGCUUUUACUAAAUACACAGUCAUAUUAUGAUUUGUUUUUCACAUCACCAUGAACAACAUUUAGCUUUUUAUCAUAUAAAACAAACAGAUUCCAUGUUGCCUUGGGUCUGUGCAGUACCUUUUGUACUAGAUCAUGAAAGGCCUGGAAAUGUGGUAAGAGCAUCAGUGAUGCACUCACUUGUACUGCCUUGUGUGCAACUCUUUUCUCUUUUGUCCUUACCACAUUUUGACAUCAUCUGCGAUCCAUUACUGAACAGACACAUGGCAAUGUAGAAUCUAUUAUUUAAUUUUAUGAGCAACUAUAGGGAUGAUAAUCAUGGAGAAAUGACUGCAAGGUUCUUAUAUUUAUUGUUGAUACUGGUCUCUUGAUUUGUUUUGAAGGUAGAAUUGAAAGUGGUGCCUAUCAAAGACAUAAAGCAGUUAAAUAUUUCCUUUCCAAUCCCUGAUGUUAACCAGUACUAUGAGAGCAAGGUAAGUUUUCUCAUUCAUUGUGCUAAUGAUUGUGUGACUCUCACUCAUAGUGAUCUUAAUAAUGUGCCUGUCAGAUGUCCAAAAUGUGAAUGUUAGAUUUAACAAAAAUCUUAACUUAAUGUUAUUGGCUAUGAAAUUGCUUAAAUUAUUUGGAUUGCAGCCUUGUCAUUACAUAUCUCACCUCCUUGGUCAUGAAGGUAAAGGAAGUUUGCUUUCAGAACUCAAAACCAAAGGUAAGUUUUCAAAUGAUGGAAGAUUCUUCUAAAGGUUAACUUGACAACUGAGUGACCUGGAGUUUCAGUCAGGAAUAUUUCUCUGUAUGAUAACUUCUUACUUGGAAGAGAGGAAAAAAAAAAGUGGUAAAAAAGGCAGAGCUUUCACCUUUGUUUUCACCCCAAGAUCAAAGAAAUGGUUCAUUUAUUUUGGGAAAAACACUCAACUUAUUGGUCAAACACUAAUAAAAGCGUCUCUUCUUAAACAAUUGUAAUUGUAAUUUUCUCAAUUACUGUUAUCAUGAUAAUCAUUUUAUUUACUUUACUCUUUAAUUCUACUUACCACUGCAUUCAAUUCACACUUCAUCUGGCAGAUGCUUCUGCCAACUUCAAUCAUUACAAAAGUUAUUCAUUUGCAAUGCAAAGGUUUGAAACUUUUUUGUACAAAGUAUUUGUACUGGUAAAGUAUUAAAUCCUGUGUAACUUUUCCAAAGGGUAAUUCAAGAUCUUUGCUAGUGCCUUAUUAUCUAGACUUUGUAUCUCCUUCACAAACUGUUAGAUCUGUGAACUGCAUCUUGUCAUUUGCAGUUGUUAACUGAUAACUUUCCUAAUAUCAGUUGGCAAUUACUCCAACAGGCUGGGUGAAUGAACUUGUUGCUGGAGGAGCAAGUGGAGCUAGGGGUUUUAUGUUCUUUAUUUGUAACAUGGAACUCACAUCUGAGGGACAAGGUAAUCAUGUUUAACUUUAUUCAUGUUUGCCCUUAUAAUCUGUUUUUAUUUUUCCCAUAAUUAUUAAUGUCAGCCUUUUUAUUUGGUGAUUAUUUGGUUGAUGUUCCUAGCAUGAAGGCCUUUUAGCACUGAAAUGAACACAUCAAAGCUUGCAGUUACAACAGUUACUUAACAUUAAAAAAAUUGGAAAACAUGUCACUUUUAUUACAUUAUACUCUGGAAGAUGCAAUUGUUUCCAAAAUUUUGAGGGUAAUCCCUCAAUUUUGUUAUCUGUUUGGAAAGAGCUGAUGGUGACACUGGACAUGUCAUUUAACAACAAAAUAGGUUUUCAAGAUUUGAAACUGAAUUAUAACUUUAAAUUAACAAUUGGUUCAUACAUCAGCAUGCAUUCAUCGAGAUAUGAACCACGCGGGAAGUUUGGAGAGCACGAAAGAUGUUUAAGAGUUGUGUAGCCGAGAGCAACUCUAGCUUCUUGAGUGCUCUCCAAACUUCCCAAGUGCUUCAUAUCUUGAUGAACGCACAGCUGACAUAUGAACCAAUUGUUUUAUAACAUUUUCAACCCAAUGGAAAAUUUUUUUUCUCAAGGGACUUGUUUACUGAUGUCAUGAGUGUGCACAAUAGGAUUAUGAAGCACGCUUGCACAAUUGAAUUUGAUUACACAAAUUUACUAGCUAUGUUAUAACACCUAUUGUAAUUAAAAACGAUUCAAAUUCUCUAUAAUGAUGUAUGAUGUCAUUUUUUUGAAGACCAUGCGUAUGAAAUAGUGGCAUGUGUAUUUCAAUACUUGGAAAUGCUCAGAAGGCAAGAACCUCCAGACUGGAUAUUUAAAGAGUGCCAGGUACUUUCAUCAAACUCUAGCUAUUAAAUAAGUAUAGGCUAAAUCUAGUCUAGACUGAUAGUUAUGCUGCAUAUAAAUUUUACAUUAAGUAAGGCAUUGUUCCUUAGCAAUUCACUGUGAUAGUAAUUACUUCAUUCAGGCAUUUUCCACCAUUUUUUUUUAUCUGUAGAUUAAUGAAAUUAGUGAUCAAGGUUUAAAGAAAUAAUUCCUAUGAUGGUGUUCUUUUUGGCAUGAUCUUUUGGUAGGCCCUUUGUGAAGUUAGAUUUCAAUUUAAGGACAAGGAGAAUCCUGGAUCCUAUGUGUGUUCAUUGGCCCGCUGUUUACAUGUAAGUGUUGUAAUCCAUUUGAGCAAUAUCUGAUCAGUGUUCUCUGAGCUCCAAAGCUCAGUCUUUCUUAAAGAGUCAUUUGGUGACCUAAAGUCAGCAAAGUAUAAAACAUAAGUUGCUUGAAGGAAAAAAAUGGGAAGAGGACAUUUUAUAUGAUAUUAUAAGACUUCCUAUACUUCUUACUACACCCCUUGCCUGAACUAAGCAUCAUGGCUGGCUGACAAUUUUUCUAAAGUCUUACGAAACAGAAACAUCAAGGAGUUAGGUGCACAUUUUUAUCAAGGAAAACAUGAUUCAGAGCCUUAAAUAUUAUUUUUGAAAAAUACUUGUCUCACAUUGAUUUGAGAUGUUGAAGCAUUAACUAUGGUUAAAAAAGAAAGGUUACAACAGGUUGGUAAUUGGCAGCCUUCCUUGUAAAUUUAGUCACCAACAUUUCCCUUAAGUUUCCUUGGCAGCCAAAAAAGGUGACAACUUGGAACACUGGGUGUUAUAUCCCCCACCAAGUCUAAAUUUCAGUUGAGAGUUGAAAGUAAUCAGCAAUUGCAUUGGGUUUGCAUUUCUGGGUCCAAUCUGUAUUCUAGAAGACUAGUGCCAUCCUUUCAAUCUAUUGGAUACAAAACUAAAACCAAGUGUUACUUAUUUAGUCAUUGAUAGGCAGUUGGCUGUUUUAAUCUUGGAGAUUGUAUUGGCUUCUUGAGAUAUUUUCAUUGUUUUUAUCUUUCCAACACUCAAUUGAAAUGCUGUGUGAACCUCAAAUAGUUUGACCGUAUAUUUUUUUGCAGGAGUUUGGAAUAGACGAUGUCCUACAAGGACAAUUUGUAAUGAAGUAUUUUAAACCUGAAUUGAUUAAAAUGAUUCUUUCCCAUCUUGUGCCAUCAAAAGUGAGGUGAGAUGUAAUUUGAUGUACAGGUAAAUAAUGAUUAUGAUCAAAUUUGGGAGAAUGAGGUUUUUACAAGGGAUUUAACCACAAGCUGUGGCUGAAUUAUUUUCCCUAAGGUGUAUAUUGGGAGUAGGUUUAUGUUUUGCCAAGAAUGCCCCAGCUAAUUGUAAGAUGAUAAGUAAAACUUUCAAACAAUCUUGUGGUGAAGAACAAGUUUUAAAUUUUUUUGUGCUGGUUUCAUACUUCAAUGAGUUAACACCUGGAAAACUGAUCUGCAACUUAUACAUGAACCAACAAAGUAUAUUAAACAAAUGGAUGGAGAAUCAUACAACUUUUUGAAUGUUUUUCAUAAAAGAUGGCAAUGUUAGCAAACUUCAGAAUGAUGUUAUUGAUUAUAACAUUCCCUUUGUACGUGUAAAGAGACAUAAUUAAUUUGUAUACAUUGUUUAUGCUGAUCUAUCAAAGAAAGUAGAGUACAGUCAAAACCUCAAUUAUUCGGACCUUGAUUAUUGGGACCUUGAUUAUUCAGAUCUUGAUUAUCCGGAUUUCUUGAUCGUCCAGACUUUUUCUCUGGUCCCAAUUUUCCCAUGAAUAUUUAUUAGUCAUGAUCAAGAUACGUAGCCAUAUUUUAAAAACUACUGACAGCCUUGAAAAGUGAAAGGCGAGUUUGUUUUGCUCUCAAAAAGCAAAAGAAGCAGUUGCUGUUCCUCAUUAAUAUUCAUAUUCUUGAUUAUCCUGACUAUUUCUCUAGCCCCAACAAGUCAGAAUAAUCAAGGUUCAACUGUAAUUUUUAUGCAACUCUUGUACUGCUCUCUUUUUCAACUCCUGGAGUCCCUUGAGAUACUCUUUUGUGUUUCCUAGCCUCUUAAGAUUUACUUUUUUUGCCAUAUUUUCCAUGUUUCUUCCACAGAAUAACCCUGAUUUCAAAACUUUUUGAAGGCAAAACAGAUCUUGUAGAAAAAUGGUAUGAAACAGAAUACUCUAAAAGCAAAAUCUCUCCAGAGUACAUGAAGGUAACAAAAAAAAGUUCUUUAUCUGGUUGAUUCCUUCAUAAUAUUGAGUGAUUAUAAAAAUUCUUGGUUAUAGUUUACCAUUUUGUACAGUAUUGAUUGUUUCAUUACGUCUUACCUCUUGUUCCUAUUUAUAUUAUAAAAGGCUGACUGUCACGUAAUUGAUUACUAAUUAAUGCACAGUCUUAUGAGACUUAUUGAUGAGCCAUGAUAGCUUCAAUCAAUCUUUGCUUGUUUCACUGGGUCCAAACAUUAGAAACCCCCCACCACCCCCCCCCCUAAAAAAAAGAAAAAUUAAAAAAUUGACAUCCUCUCCUUGUAACAGUCACAAACAUUGUCCAUUGAAUGUCCUGACCUGACAGAGCUAAAUAACUGUCAAGAGAAUAAUGUUAACAGAAACUACUGAUUUACAAAGUUUACUCUUUCUUUCAGGAGUGGAACAAUGUGUUAUUAAACCCUUCUCUGCAACUACCUGAGGAAAAUGAGUUUAUCCCCGCAGAUUUCACAUUAAGGGAAAGGCCUCAAGAUGUAAGGACUAAAUUGACCGUGGUGAAAGUUAAUGUCAAAUUUAUGCUUUUAUUUUUUAAAAAACAAACUGAUGAUGAUAUAGAAUCAUGGAUGGUAAACAAUAAUUUAAUUUUUUCAUACUCUACCAUAUCAAAACUUAAUUUACUUUUAAAUUAAUAUAUUUAUAUUCAUUUGAUUCCAUUGACAGUUUCUUUCCAUCAAUAGAAUUCACCCUGAGUUGAAACUGUUGUUUGUACAUAAAAAAAGACUAUUAAGAGUAAACAAUUGAAGCUCUCUUAACUGUAUUUACACUUUCCCAUGAACAGCAACAGACAUAGGCAAUUGCUUUUUUUAAGCUCCUGCAAUGAGGGAAAAUAAGAGAAAAAAAUCCCUCUAGUACCUGCAUCUCAUUUAAAUCCACCAACUUUACAUUACAGUAUGUUAAAAUGAUUUUGUUGUGCAUUGGUCAGAGCAAUUUUCAAUUGACCAUUGGAACUGAUGUUGGAUCAGGCUGGGCAUGUUCAACUGUGGUCUGUGAUUGUUCAAGAAAUUUUAUGCCACCUUCUCAACCAAUUAAGUCCAAAACUGCCAGCAAUAAGAUACCUCUUGUUAUUACUUAAAGGGAACAAGAACUUUGACCAAGUAGUGAUAAACUAUCUCUUCCCUUGAUGUUGCUUUGCAUUUUUGUGUGGAGUUUUAACAUCUUCAUAUCCACUAUUCAUGGAAACAUUACAAGAAACAAAAUGUGUCUGAAAGAGAAUAUUAGGGUUGGACUAACUUUACCUUUCUUUUUUGUAGUCUUCAUCCAUUCCCAUACUCAUUAAGGUAUGCGUAAUUUAUGUAAAGUACAGUACUGUAUAUUUUUUACUGGGUAACUGGAUACAUGUAACUGGAUACACAUACAUGUGGAUACAUGCCUAGUUUUUCCUUAAAUGGGGAAACACAUUUUAAAAAGCUGGAAAAUGUAAAUGUUUCAAAUUGUUUUAGCCAGUGCACACUUCAAUUGGUAAUACUUUUCAUAUCCUCUUUCCGUGUGUUCAACAUAUGAGAGAAUUGAUUUGUUUUGGACACUUGUUCAUUCUGUUCACAUUAUGGCACAACAUUUUCAUAUCUUAACAGGAUGAUUCUUUGUUGAAAGUUUGGUUUAAACAAGACGACACAUUCCACCUCCCCAAGUCGUGUCUUCUGUUUGAAAUAACAAGGUACUGUACCUGAGCAUAAAUUGUAUUCAUUUGUUGAAGUUGUGUACCCUUUUACAAGUUUAUAGUCAAGUUUGUAGCUUGUCAGUCUAAAAAUUUUUUUACCUCAGCUCAAUUUUCUUACUCCUAAUGUAAAAGUAUGUUUUGGCUGACCAAAAUAUCAAAUAAUUUAUCAUCAAAUUGCUUUUUUUCAUAUGCAUUUGGUUUUUUAUCACAAAGGUUCUUUUUCGCAGUGAGAAAUAACCAACUUUCCAAAUAACCCCACAAUAUCGCGGGAUUUUGAACUCGAUUGUACUCUACUAAGUGCAGUUGGAUAAUAAAAGCUCUUAGGAGUGAAGUUUUUUAUUCAUUUGAUAAUUUACGGAUGAUGUUCUGUAUCUGUUAUAGUCCUUUGGCGUAUGUGGAUCCGUGCCACUGUAACAUGGCGCACUUGUUUGUAGAGCUGCUGAAGGACUCAUUAAAUGAGUAUGCCUACGCUGCCGAGAUUGCGGGAGUGCAUUACAAACUGGAAAACACCAUGUAUGGAAUCUUUGUAAGUACAGCGCACAUCUUUAAGAGUGUUGUCCCUGACUCGUGACAAGACGAACAAAACAUCUUUCUAUAUUUCUUUACUGAGCUCAAAAUUUACCAUCUCUCCUAUUCUGUUUACAAAACUUGACGCUAUCGACAUAAUUGAUCCUAGCAGUAUGCAGGACGCGUGUCAUAUAUGAACUUCGUAAGGGGCCUUGUUCACCGUAGAGUCUCUGUGGCUCAGUGGUAGAGCAUUGGAGGGUGGAAUCCGACUUUCUGAGGUUCGAUUCCUCAUGGGAACUCAAAACUUACCGUCUUUGUUAUUCUGUUUACAAAACAAUUCUCCCUGUUGAAAAUCAGCCAAGCGUAUCAGUUAUUCUUUGACAAGGGCUCGUCAGGAGAAGUAUCUGUUGUUAAGAUAUGGUGUACUGUGGUGGCAGUGAUUUCAGGGGAAUGUCACACUCUGUUACUUUACAGUUAAGUAUCAAAGGAUAUAACCACAAACAGCCUGUUUUAUUGAAGAAGAUUUUCGAAAGAAUGGCAAACUUCCAAGUAGACCCUAAGAGGUUUCCACUCAUCAAAGAAAGGGUAAGACAUUUAAUAUUAUGUAGAGGUUUAUUUACUGUGCAGUUACGACAAUUGAAAAUGUUGAAAAUGUUGUUGAAAAUGUUGUUGAAAAUGUUGAAAAUGUUUUUGAAAAUGAUUUCUUAAGACUGGAUUGAUGUUUUGUUUCAUGGUAGUAUUGAACCCCUUGGGCAAGAACACGAAAUGAUCUUUCUACUGUUUGUGGAGAUUUCUUUUGCUGCUCUCUUUAACGCUGUUUUUUUUUCUUCUUGUCAAUUUAUAGUGUGAGAUUGCACUGAAGAACUUUGUUGCUGAACCUCCUCAUCAACAUGCUUUGUACUACACGUCAUUUUUGUUAGAAGAACUAGCGUGGCAUAAAGAUGACCUGUUAGAAGCAUUAGAGGGUAUUUUUAGUACUUUUUAUUUCCUCUCAUGCAGAGAGUGAGAAUCAAUUUAUUGAGAGCAGUUCCAUCUUGCUUGAAGUUCAUCAAAACGAAACUAUAGUAAUUGCAUUUUAAAAAAAAUUGAAGUGGGCCAAUAGAACGAAUUAAUGAAAAAUUCUAGGAUAUACAAACGGCCAUAUUGCAAGCGGAAAAACGCCGUUGCGCUGGAAAGUAGUUGCUAUUACAGUGGUGUUUUGAGGGGUUGGUGGGGAAGGAGGGAGGGAGGUGAAAUAGGAGGGAAGGGGGUUGGAAUGAAAACUUUAGUAUCUACUCUCAUUUACAGUUACUAAUCGGAGAUGUUGAUUGUUUGUCAGAGGUAACACUGGAGAAGCUGAAAGCUUUCAUCCCUGAUUUGUUAGGGAGACUUCAUAUCGAGUGUUUGUUUCAUGGGAACUUGACCAAAGAAGUGAGUUUAAACAUCUAAAAGUCCAAAGUCACUUGAGUUCUUUAACUCCGUCAAUAUUCUUAAUAAUCAAAACUAUAACAGAAUUCUCGAACGUGAUUGGUUAACACUAGCCCGUUUUGAGCAAUAAUAGGACAGUAUGCGCAUCAUGCUUGUAAUUGGACACUGUAAUAGGACAGUUAAAGGGACAGUUAACUCGUCAUGCCUGUGUAAGUGGACAGAACGCGUCAUGUGCGGGCACUGUUGUCUCGCAAUUUUCUCAAAUUUCGUCAAAGUUUUGAUUAAUUGGUAACAGGACUUCGUGUCGUCCAAUUCUGUCUGUAAUCAUACUCGUGAUUAACAAAUCGGACUCCCGCUUCGCGGUCGUCUGAUUUUGUUAAUCACUCGUAUAAUUACAGAAUAAUGAUCCUGAAUCUCACCAGUUGUUUGUAAAAAAGCGUUCUGAACAAACCGUACAUACUCAUAACUUAUGCAGUGUUUUUAGGUCAGUUGCUCGAAGAUGCAUGACAGGCUACAUAACAUGCUUGUGAUGGAAGAGAAACUUCAACCGUUAUGAUUGUGGACUUUGCUCUGUUUCAGGAAGCUUUGGACAUCGCACAGCUGGUAGAAAAGAUCAUCAAAGAAGACAGCAAGACUAAACCUUUGUUACCAUUACAGUUAAUUCGGCACAGAGAAAUACAGUUACCAGACGGUAAGUGUGAAGCCAAAAGUGUUCAGCAAAAUGCCUUGAGUUGCUUCAAAAUGUGCACCAUUCUGUGUUUCCUCUCUUAGUAAUUAACUACUCUUCAUCUUAAGUGGAGAUUGAUUGGACCAAUUGUUAUUGAUUUAUCGUUGUUUGUAAAACUGGUCAGGACCCAGACUCCUCUUUCUUCCUCCUUUCUUGAGGGAAGAAGAGAGAGGACACUGAGAACGAUGUUGAGACCUAACUAGGCAUAUGUGAAUGUAUUUAGUGCUGUCUAUAUCUUUCUUAUUCGUCUCUGUUUCUGCCCUUUAGGUUGUUCGUAUCUUUUUGAAGUGCAGAAUGAAGUUCACAAUAAUUCAAGUUUGGAAAUAUAUUAUCAGGUACACUUGCAUGUAAAUGGAGUGCCUUUUGAGGGGUGGGGAGACAGGAGACAGGAGACAGGAGACAGGAGACAGGAGACAGGGCAGGGAUACAAAGCCACCUUCCCCCCCUUUUUUUUACUCAAUCGGUGUUUUCUGUCCUAAAAAGUCCUGUUUUAAAUGUAAACGUGAUGCAAGUUUACUGCAGUUUGAUACGUUUCUUUUCCAAUUUGUCCUUGGUGGUUUCCUCACCAGCCUACACCCUCGGUCAGCCCAUAUAUGUGCUUUCUGUUGCCUGACAAAGUGGACUGUGAUGGAACAAAGGGUUGCAUCCUAACGACACAUCCAAAUGAAGGAAAUGAAGAUAGUUAUUUUAUUUUCGUUUUCAGUGUGACCUGCAAGCCACCAAAAGUAAUGUACUUCUGGAGUUGUUCUGUCAGGUCAUCAGUGAACCAUGUUUUAACACUCUUAGAACUCAAGAGCAGUUAGGUUUGUAUGCUAAGCCAAUAACUGUAUAAAAUGUAUAUUUACCUCGCACACUCCGUGGCUUGGUAGUCAGUGCACAUAUUUUGGAAUCUAAAUAUUCGGAUUGGAAGCCCGGACGUGUCAUUUUUGCGAUGUUUUUCGGCAAGACACUUUACCGCCCGCUCCUCACUCUACCCAAGUACCGGCCUGUUUUACGCUUUGUUUACGCCGUUUCUUCGAGGAGGAGCGCGGGCUCAUUUUCUCAUUUUCGAACCAAAGCGAACUGCUGUGUGGGGUUGGGGGUGGGGUUGCGUAUCUUCGGUUGGUUUAGCAUCCCAGGCUGGGCUAAGAUUACCUAGGGUUAGUGUAAAAUCUGAUUUCAGAUCUAAAAGCUUUAUAGGAAAAUUCAGUGUAAUUUCCUAUUUUUUACAAUUUGACGAUUGGAUGCUCUUAAAAGAAUAAAGGAAAUUCAAAUCCUAAAAGGCUUUUGAACUAAGGAAUAAAGAAACCUGUAUUAAAAUUAACCUUAGGUUAGCGCUCAUCGGCCUUCGAACAACUGGGCCCAGUUUUGGAAGAAUAACAACAGUUUAAGUCGCUUAAAACUUAGGGAACCGGAAUAAGCUCUGGUAAUGUUAAGCUUUUGGACUCGUCAUGUUGUAGCCAAUAAACAUUUUUGUUUGUUUUUUUUUUACAUUUCAGGGUAUAUUGUCUUUAGUGGAGUAAGAAGAUGUAACGGUGCUCAGGUUGAUAUGGAUUUUACUAUGAAUUUUCUGCAAAUUCAAGCUAACACUAUUUCGGAUUUAUCCCAAGCGGGAUAACUAGAUUAAAAUUAGCAACUUGGUGUAACCAAGAAGGGGGAAGACAUUGUUGUUCUGUUCUUGUUGAUGUUCUUGUUAUUUUCCUUUUUUGCGCCAAUUAGGUCCUUAGCAAUUAUAUCGUGUUUUUCUUCCAGGCUACUUUUUUUCUUCUCUCUAUUAACCCGUUUAACUUCAAGAAGUGAUUAAUGUGUAACUGCCUUAUAAUAUCUAUACAAUACCUUGCAAACAGGUAAUGAGAAUUGUCAAACUUACCAGGUAGAAGUUGAUAUCUUGAUCUAACACCAAAGUAUCAUUACUAGUUUACAAUGAAAUGUGUAGCAGCUAGAGGGGAGAUUGAACAAUCAGAUCUUGGGAGUUAAAGGGUUAAUUUCCCAGGUAUGGAAAUCUCAGCUUUUAACUGGUUAUUUAUUAAGGCUAUUUUUCUCUCCAGGGUCUCCGUGUCUUGAUACAAUCUGAAAAAGAACCUUCUUUACUAGAUUCACGAGUUGAAAACUUCCUUCAAGGAAUCGAGGUUUGUUUGGUAUUUGGUUUCAGGAUACUUAUUUAAUUUCAGUUCAAUUAAAUUAAUUAAAGUUCAAUUUUUUAAUUUCAAAAGGAUUACAUCAAAACAAUGUCGGAAGAGGAAUUAAAAAACCAUAUUGAGGCACUUGCAGUGAAAAGGAUGGACAAACCCAAGAAAUUAUCUUCGGAAUGUAUGAAACACUGGAAAGAAAUCCUCUCCCGACAAUACAACUUUGACAGGGGUGAGACCAGCACUUUUCCUCUUUUGAGUAAAAUUAUUGAAGUGGCUUAACGUUUCUACAUUGCUGGGCCGUUGGAGGCCAAAAGCUGAGCUAACAGGCCGCUCUACGGUUCAUUUCUUGCGACACGGUGAAUUUUUUCCAGAUUCUUUGCCAAUACGACUGUGUUGCUGCGAUCAGCAACGAGCAUAUCUACCGCGGUAACUUGCCAUCUAAUGCGAUCGCAUGUCGAAAUAACCAAUACAUUUCAGAUUUGGAGACCCCGUCGGCUUGUGUCAACUAAACCGUGACACAAUGUACGUACGUGAAAAUAUGAAUCUACCAGAUUAAAAUUCUCAUGAACGUAAUUGGCGUCACGGUUUAGUUGAUUGAAACUUGUUUCUUCUUCAGAUAACAUUGAGGUGGGAUUUCUAAUGACUGUCACCAAAGAAGAUGUUCUGGCAUUUUAUCGGGUAGGAGUGUCUUAUUUUGUUUUGGGAUUCCUCGGAUUAGAUUGUUAGUAAUUGAUAAACUUUGAAAAGUGCCUACUCUGAAAACCUAAGCUGUGCAGACUUGUCAUAACGACCAUCGCAAUACUAAUUUACAUGUAAAUGUUUCAUGCUCGGAUUUGCAGGAUCUUCUUGCUUUUAAAGCACCUAGACGGCACAAGUUGGCCGUCCAUAUUCUAUCUAAGUCAAGUGAGUAGAACUUGUAACUGAAAUGUAAAAGUCUUUCCCAAGUGAUCAAUAGAUUCCAUUUUCCUCGUUCAUGUUUAGAAAUGGAUCACAAAUGGCGUUAAAAUAUGAGAAGAACCAAAACAAAAAGGCCCAUGAUGACGUCAUACAUGUCAGUCCUCAAACGGUUCAUGAGAAGGACCGAUCCAAAAUCAUUGUAGAAUUGACGCUGCUUAUUGUUUUCAGGCCAUACCACCUGCCUUUGCAAGCUUGAAGCGCAGCAAGCAUUAAUGAAAAUAUUAAAAAAUGGGUCUUGCUUCUUGUAUGAACAAACCGGACUUUGCUCUAUUUGCACGUCAUGUGAACCUAUAUUUCACAUUAGGAGCUUGCUGACUCCACUGACGAAAAAGUGAGAAUAAUUGUUUUCACAGCAAGAACUCCAACCAGCAGUGAAUAAUGUUUGACUUUUUGUUUCUUCCAGGAAAGACUAAGAAUGCAGAUAACGAGUCUAAAAACGAAUACGAUGAAAAUGAGAAAACCGAAGAUGCUGAUGCUCUUCCUCCGGUAUGUCUUUUUCUUAUUCAAAACAUCUUUUCUCCACACUUUUAUCACAAACAUUUUUCAAAUUGUACAUGAAAUGACUGUUUUUUUUCUCCUUUUAGCAGACCGUUAUUGAUGACAUCACUGCAUUUAAGAGUAGUCUUCCAUUAUUUCCACUUGUGCCACCAUACCACAGUCAACCUACGAAAUCCAAGCUGUAGAACAGAGAAUCAAUCUCAGUACUUUCGCUUUCCUUCCUUUGCCUUCCAUUUCUCUGUGGUCGUCUCUCGCUAGAGUUCGAAAACUGUUCUUUUUGCGUUAAUUUGCUACCUACAAUGUUUCUUGAUGUGGCGAAUGAGCAUUUUGACCAGCAUCUAAUUUCUCUUCGCAUUGCCACUGCUGAAUCUUUCACUAAGAUCGUGAGAUUAAAGGAAAUGAUCGCCAACCUAAGAAGCUUUGAUUGUUAAACGAAUUCUCCUUGUCAGUACUUAAGGAAAUGUAUAGAGAAGAGUGUAGAGAAUAUGGGUAUUGAUGCAAGAACGAGGAGGGUUUAAGUGUUUGAACCUGAUUGGAAUAUUGGUAAUUAUUCCGUCUCCUGCGAACCCCAUUUUUUUCUCGUCAUGGAACAUGUCUUUGGGAGCACAGAAUCAGGGCCCGGACGCACGGUGUAUUUACACACGCAGUAUUACGUUCGUUCUAUUAAUAGCUCAAUGACCAGCGGCAUGUUCGUGUGUACAUGUAACAACAUUACGUGCUGUGUCGCGAAGCAGAAAGCUCGUGCGUCUCAGAAGUACUAACUGAAGUGGCAAAACGGUAUCAAGAAUAUCAGUGAAAACUGUGGUUUUGUAUUACAGUGAAAAAAGGGUAUCUAAUAUCUUCUCUAUACUAAUGCUUUUUUGGUACAUCAGCCUUGGUUUUUUUUUUCAAUUGUGCUUUUUUUUUUAUUAACGAUUGACGCUUAGGUGAUCGCUUUCGAGACUCGAGAACAGUUUAUUCGACACAUCUAGAACACUUUUUGUAAUCAUUGCUUCAUCGUAUAGCAAUGGCGCAAAGAAAUUCCAUCAGUAAUGAUGAAAGUUGCCGACCUCUGAUCGCAAAACAGAGUGAAUGUGAUUGAAGAUAAUACCCCCUGAAGGAAAAUUAUGUCUGGCUGGAGACACGUUUGACAUGGUUAGUCGCAUGUUCAAGUGGAUAAUGAGAGCAAAGUAUUUAAACGUGCACAAGGUUUCAAAGAAUAUAGACCUAACAAAACUAAAAAAUAACGAAUUAAAAUAGUAAAUGUAAUCGGAACGAAGCGUUACGUGUGAUCAUUUCCUCCGAACAACAAUUAGUUAACUCCGAACUGCAAAUUUUAUCAGGG